AUGGGCGCCUCAAGCAGCGCUGAAGCGAAGGACCUGGACGAGGAGAUGGUGCUCAAUGAUCUCCACAUCGAGACGGGCGACCAGACUGCCGUCAAGAAUCUGUUGGACGACACGGUUGUGGAGUUGUUCAAGGAGAACGAGGACUACACGCUGCAUUAUGGAUGGGACAAUGCCAAACUGUUGCUCAUGCUACUAGCUGUGGUGCUUGCGGCCAUAUCGCACUUUUUCAAGCAUCCCGCGAUUCCCGAGCACAUCAUCACCUACUCCUGCGUGGCUGGCUUUUUCUUCAUCCAGGCGCUCUUGGCCAUCUACGCCACUUUGAUCGAGAAGGACAUUCUGCUGCGGCUGACGCGAUCGGGAUCGGCAAGUACGACCAUUUUCGUGCGGACGACGUUUCCGUACACUGAAUCGCACUAUACCGUCUGCAUUCACCAUGCCAAAACGACCGGCAAACAGAAAAAGGAGGAGCUGUACGUUGGGCUUUACUUUGACAAGGACGGCUACUUCAACAAAGAGAGCUUCACAAAAGACGUUGCGGCCAUUUUGUCACGUUUUGAGAAGGAGGACAAGAAGCAGUAA